AUGCGCACCUUCAAGCUUUCCGCCGUCCUUGCCGCUCUCCUCGCCGCGCCCGCCCUUGUUGGCGCCGUUCUGCCCAUCCCGCACACGUCUGCACCUACGCGCACCAAUAGGACCAUGGCGCCCAACCCUGCUACCGGCGACCUCUCUACGCUCGCGCUUGCGCAGCGUGUGCCUAUGACGAACGCACAACGUCUCGCGCGGGGUCUCGCGCCAAACCGCCCGCGCUUCAACCAUGCAGCCCGCCGAGGCCUCGCCCCACGCGCGUCAGCCGCCCCCGACCCGAAUCCUUGUCCUACCAUGACUGGCACUAUCCGUGUCGCAGGCGCGGGGACCAGCGCCAGCACCUUCGUUUCGCGCGUCCCUAACGUGUUCGGCGAGUAUGGCGUCACGACUGACGCUGCCAACGCACUGCUCGUGCAGUACGCGAACUGCGCGGGCGCCGCAUCGGCGGACCUUGUUACGCUCAACGGCAUUGCGGACUUUACGCACCUCGGCGGCAUCACUGGCUUCUCGAGCCCAUCGGGCGACCUCGGGCCCGGCUCGAGCAUGUACGCGUACCUCGGCGGGACGUCGCAAACGGCCCCCGGUGCCACCCCGCAGGCCGUCCCGAACUCGUUCACGUUCACAACCGGCAUACAGGAAGAUGUCGAAAGCGCAAUUUGGACUUUGGACCGCACAACGGGCGUCCUCAGCGCGCACUGGUCGAACACCGACCGCAGCACUCCCGCGACAAGCAUCGUGUACUAUGCGCCGGAGAACUUCCUGCUCCUCACGGGCAAUCCCGCAGCGUUCAGGACGACAUACGGCGCAGGCUCCGUUGUGACACUCACCUUUGUCGAAGCAUAA